AUGAACAUCACCAUGCCUGGCCUCAACAGUGCAAUUGUUGUAGCCAGGGCCGCUGAAGGAAAUCCCCAGUUCAACUAUAAAUUCCUUAUUUUUAUGGCCUUGUGCUGUUUCCUGGCGAUAUUCUUUGUCCUAUACUUCAAUCGACUCUUCGCGUCGAUCGUCUCCUACGCCCUCCGAGCUUAUACAUGGCACCACUAUCGAGUCUACAUAGAUGUCAAGGCUAUACAGAUAUCCCUUCUUGGUGGCCGAGUCUUCUUUACAGGUUUGCGAUACCAUGGCGAGAACGAGACGUUUAUGAUCCAGCAUGGCUACAUAACAUGGCGAUACUGGCUACGACGAGUUCGAGACGCGGACAUCAUCGAUACUCGACGAUCGAAGCUCUCCUCCGGCGAUGCUACGCCUACAAGCGAUGUCAAGAACCCGGAGCUUCCUUGUCGUAUCCAGGUGGAUCUGACUGGAUUGGAAUGGUUUGUGUAUAAUCGUAGCCCAGCCUAUGAUGGUAUACUUGCAGGUCUUACCCAGACCUACGACCCGGAAGCUCGUUCAAGCGGGAUAUCAGAGAAGGACGAGACUACUACACGAUCGCGAAGCAAUAAGAAGGAGGGCGGGUCUGUGGCUGGCAACGAAAAAGAGACGGAUGUGAAGCAGGAGUUCAGCGAACGAGCCAAGAGCAUGUUCCGACGUACGACCACGGGCUUUGGAAGCGGCGAGGAUGAUGAACUGACCAGAGAUGAUGAACCCGAGCUUCCUUUUAUGCUUCGACUGUUCCCUGUGCAUGUUCGGUGCCAGAAAGCGGCCGCGGUCAUAGGCAAUGAAAACACGAAAGCCAUCCUUAUCGCCAAAGCGGAUUCGCUGGACGUGGAAGUAGAUGCUUCGGAAACAACUACACCUGAUCCAUAUCGACAAACCUUCAAAGUUCAAUUUCAGCAUCCAGUUAUCGAAAUCAAGGAGAACGAGGACUUUAAAGAGGAUCAGGUCACUCGGGCGACCCGAGACCGCGACAAUACCCAAACUCAGGAGGCAUUAUCUAAGCGAUCUUUCUUCCGCCACCAUCGCCGAAAAGCCGUUAAUUCGCUGCGGAAUUUAGUUCCGUACUGGCGGCGGUCUGUGGAAUCUUUCUCAACAGACUCACGGACUGCCAUGACUACCGCAACUUCACAAGUGCCAGGGGCAAAUCAAUGGCAAGGGCUGACCCGUUAUCUCGAUGACCGCGAUCGAGAUGAUAGAGCUCGUUGGGCAUCCGUAGAGUACGCAGCUGUGACGACGAUUCUCGACAGCCCUGAGGCUGUAUUGACAGUAUUCUGGGAUGCUGUUGGCAAGGUACCUGAUCAGAGUCGCUAUGGGGGCGCAAAGACCUUCCCUUUCAGCAUCAACGGAGACGUGCCCCCUGCUUGGGGUAUGAACUUUUCGAUUAAAGGAGGCACAAUGAACUAUGGCCCCUGGGCAGAUCGCCAGAGAGCAGACUUGCAACGCUUCUUUUUCCCAUCAUUAUGUAAAGAUGUCAUGCCUGCAAAACCGCUAAAACCAGGGGAUUGGAGAGUUGCUACAACAUUCCAACUCUACAUAGAAAUGGACGACGCUGUCACGCUGCGAGUUCCCAUUAGAGAAGAGUCCAAGAAUUGGCGCUGGCGUGGCAAAGAACCGCCCAUGCGGCAUGCCAAACCUCCAACCAAACGAAAGCAGAGGAACCGGACCAAGAAGAACAGCAAAACAGACGCAACGGAAAUUCGGCCUGCAGGUUGGUUGGAAGUGAAGCUCCCCGCGAAUUCCUCAGUCAAGUUCAACAUGGAUAUGCUGGCUAGUCCAACAGGCUAUACCACAAAACUCGAUGUUGACUUGCCAAGUUCUGAGCUAUGGAGCAGUGUAAACCAUGAUCUCUUGUGGCGAUCUGGUGCUCAAACAAUAUCCUGUGACCUCUCAAACCCCUUAGCCUGGAAUUCGCUCCGGAACUGGCACUUUAACAUAACCAGCUCGAAGAUGGAACUUUUCAUGCUGAGAGACCAUAUCUUCCUACUUACAGAUCUGGUUGAUGACUGGACAGCUGGCCCGCCUGCCGACUAUCUUGUUUUUGUGCCCUUCAAAUAUCAUCUCAAUCUAACCUUGAACUCACUACAGCUCUAUCUCAACGUCAACGAAGCCAACAUCAUCGACAAAGCAACGGUCAUUGAAGAUAACACUUAUCUUAUCCUUUCGAGCCCUUGCUUGACUGCCGAGUCUUGCAUCCCGGCCGACUCCUUCCGGCCAAGCAAGAAUGCCAUUCCCUUUGAUGUCCAUGCUGAUCAGUUGGACAUGACGCUUCAAGUCCCUCAAUGGAACACACAGGCCGCCUUCCUUUCUUCGAAGCAACUAGGCCAUAUUGAAGGCCUUGCGGUGGAUGGAAGUUACAACUACAAUGCCACGACAUCAUCAUCAAACACGGACACACUUAUUCUCAAUGUACGCGGCCAGUCACCAUAUGUGUACUUGUAUGGGUUUUUGAUUCGAUACGUCAUACUCUUGAAAGAUAACUACUUUGGAGAAUUUGUUCAUUUCAGAACGCUAGAUGAAUACCAGAAUCAGCUUCAGAUGAAGAAAAAGAACCCUGACGCGGAAGCUGUAACACAACCUCCCCCCAAAAAGUCCAACGACAUGGAUGUCGUUCUAGGUGUCAGGAUCGAGGACCUCAAGGUCAUGCUACCAACGAACCUCUAUUCUGCUGACCGCUAUGUAGAGGGCGAGCUGGCUAGCGUCUCUGUCGAUUUGCGCUUCACCAAUUAUUUCAUGGAAGUGGAAGUCGAGGUUAGUCCUGUUAGUCUUGCGCUGGGAUGUAGAGAAGGCGCUCUGGACUCCCCUGGCAUGUCAUCAUCCAAUACCCAACUCUUCAUUGAUGGCGUUCGACUGUUCGGCCACAAGCUCUUUGGACUGCCGCCGUCCGAACCAGCAUACGUCUGCAACUGGGAUGUCAAUGUCGGCGGGAUUACCGGAGAGUGUACAUCUGAAUUCCUGGUUGCAGUAGCGAAGGGUGGCAAGUCUCUUGCCUUUUGCUUCGAUGAUGUGGAGAACGCCCUUGUGCCGUACUCAUCACUUGUCUUCUAUGAUAUAACAUUUGCUCGAGCUGCCGUGGAGUCCAUUCAAGUUUGGUUGCAUGUCGAUGAAGCUGCUUUCUUAGUGUCAACUGAUGCUAUCGAUGUAUGCUUCAACGAUUGGGCUAGAUCUCAUUAUUCUAAGCGUGCAGAUAUUAUCGUACCAAACAUUCAGAUCUCAUGUCUCAAUGCGGAGUCAGCGGGAAGACAAAAAUCUAGAUACCACCAUCCUGUGGAAACAGAUGCCCACUUCCGAACGACCAUUCGCCUUGCCGUCAUUGGACGCAAAUUCAAAUUCAGCGAAGAAAGAAGAACCCAGCAGGAGUUGGUUCAGAGAGAGGACCAGCGUACACAUCGAGCUGAGUUUCUCCUCUUGUCGGACUACCUGGACGAAUUCGUCCCGGAGGCGAUUGACCCUCCAGCUCAAUGUGCACCUCCCCCUCCUCAUCCAGCUGUGUCCCUCGAGGGUGAGAGAGACGAUGUUUCGCGGAGGACUAUAGCCUCACGGCAUUCCCGAGGGUUGACUCAUAAGUCCUCAUUCCUCUCUCUUGCCGAAUCUAGCAAUGGAAGCGUUGUGCUUGCACAUGGCCAGCAUAGAGCUCGGUCCAGAUCUAAACAGGAUGAUUUUCUGGCAGUUAGGUCUUCUUCAACAGACAACCAACGAUCCUUGAGAGCUAGAGGCUCGUUUGGCUCACAUCGCUCAGCUAACGACCAUGUCGCAAAAGACGAUGUUGCACACUCUUCAGUCGCCUUCUCAAGCCAAUAUGUUUCGCCUCAAUUUCCGUUGCAUGGUCUGAGACCAAGCACGCAUGAAUUGCCUUUCCAAAGCAUUGAAGAAGGCGACGACGACGGAUUUGACACGAUGAGCAUAGGAUUGGAUGACAUCGAUCCCAACGGUCUGGGUGAAGAUCACCCAUAUGUCAGCAUGAUUGUCGAAUUUCCAUCUGGCAUGUCAGCCUUCGUUAAUCCAUCGGCCUUGCGUUAUGCUGCAUCACUCCUCGAUGCUCUGCAGCCAAACGAACCAGAGACCUUAUUAGAUACCUUUCAAGUUGAGGCCAUGACCAAGAUCUUUGAUCGGCAGAAGGAACGAGAAACGAAAGGCCAGAUCAGGGAUCUUAUGGUUCGGAUACCGAACGCUUCAUUUCGGCUUCUCAGCUCGACAACAGAGGAUUCCCCCGGCUAUUCACAGGAGGAGCAAGAUCAAUACGACCUCUCAAUCUCUAAGGUCGCUUUAAUUACGCGGUUGACCAAAACCUGGGAAGAUCCCUUCAGAGAUGAGACACGGCACUCGAGAACGUCGCUCCAACUGCGCUUGGGAUCUGCAGAGGUGUCUGCAUCUGAACGUAGCCCAUCCUUCCAAGAACCCCAGCCUGCAGUCAUGGCACAAAUCGAGGAUGUAGUUGUGUCCAUAGGCGAAAAAGAUGUUCGCUUCAUCGACGCAGAUAUUGGGUCAGUGGUUGGAAGUACUGCCUCGGGCAAGAUCGAAUACCUAGCAUCUCUCAUUCAUCGCACUUCACUUAUUGCUUCCGAUAUUGGACAUAUUUUCUCUGAAACGAUAACGAAACACGAAAACCGGCACAAGCUUUUCACGUAUCUGCUUCUUGACCAGGGCAAGUCAACCAACGAUCCCUCUUUUCUUGUUCGACCUUCUGCGGUACUGCGAUCUGCAGAUGAACAUCUUCGUACAUCUGACUCUUGGAAACUCGCAAUGCGACUUCGUCAGAUCUGGACUACCAUGGACUCUCAUUGCAAAUCUCAAAUAAUUCAGAAAUGCUUCCACGCCACUCCCGACAUACCAGAAGACGCUGCAAAUUAUGUGCUGAAUGUGUUGGAGAAAUGGCGUGGCUGGGACAUGCAGGACUUGCCAAGUGCUAUUAUCCUUACCAAUAUUUUUGGACAACUCAGGGAGGCAGACAUGGUCCAAGGUGACCGACUUCCUCUUCUCGGUGCUUGUAGGCUUGCUGAGCUUCAGCUCGUACUCGAUCCUGGGCCAAAGCAGAACAAGAUCGGUUUCAUUGAUCUGGCUGCGAGAAUUGACCAGCAAAUGCAUGAAGCUGCAGUUGCCGGCGAAGCCCCUGGAGCUCCCUUCACAACUUUGAACCUAUCAUGCGCCGAAGCAGGCAUCAACUUGAACUGGGAACUUUGUGAAUUAGCUGAAGAAGUGGUACAACUAUACAGCAAGAGCCAAGGUCAAGCCCAGCCAACAGCAAUUAUGCCGAAACCCAAGCGCCCAGCCAAACCCGAUCCUGCUGCUUGGCCUCCUGUCCAUGUAGUGGUGGAGGUGACAAAAGGCGCAAUCGAAUUAGAGACUAUUAAUCUCAAGGCCAGGACGUUGAGCCAUGGAUUAAAAAUGUCUUUGCUCCAUCAAUCCAGCCCCAACGCCUCUAGUGCCAUGAGUCUGAUGCUCAAUUGCAAUGCCAUCACUUCAUCAAUUCAUAGCAACUCACAUUCCCUGGCCAUGAUGCAGCUGAAGAAUCCAAGCAUCUUUGUGUCCCAUGAACUUCAAAAUACCGACAACACAUCAAGCCAUACAAUCAAAGCCAGCGCUGGAAGUCGAAGCUUGAUAUUCGCAGUCAAGGAGGACCCCAUUGGACUUAUGGAGGUACUUGAUCGUCUUUUAGGAGAUGAAAUACAGACAGUGUAUGGCCUGAAAAACCAGCUUGCUAGCUUAUUGAAGCCUAAGCCAAGGGACGCACAGAAGAAGAUCGCGGAUCGCCUUUCAAGCGUCAAGUUCAAUCUUGCCAUGUUCUUGGAUGAGUACAGCAUUACCAUUCCCUUUCUCCAGUCUCUCACCUAUAAGAUCACGGGAACUGUAGCACGAGCGGCAGCGGCUGCAAAUUUUGGAAAGGAGAUUAUUUUCGACUUUGAUAUCAAGGAGAACUAUCAUGAGAUGCAGAUCAAUGUCAGAAACAAACCUCGGAGUAUUUCACUCCUCCAGAUUCCCCCAACGAAUGGUCGUAUCACGAGCCAUAUGGGCCAGACAGAGCAUCAAAUCAAUGUCCUCUCAUCUCUGGAGAUAGUUCAUCUGGACGCCUCUGCUGUUUACAGCCUUCUGACAGCCCUGAACAGACCUCAAAUAUCGAGUGCUGUCCAAGAAUUACAACAGCAAACCAAGAUUAUCCAGGAUCGCAUUGCCGAGAUCUUUGGCUCCGAUGAGAGCGAGGUUCCUCAAACGGUACCCGAGUCUGUCGAACCAGGGCAUCAUAGCCUUAGGAUCGUAUAUAAUGUCCACCUGACUCUGGCUGGUCUUCAGGUUUUUGCCAAGACCUCCCUAAAGUCAGAGGUUGAACCAAUGGCUCAAGUACUGUUUUCGUUAAACAGAGCCCAUUUGCAUGCCUCAAAUCGGCAUGAAGCACACGGCCCUAUUCUCAAAUAUCCAGAGAUCCAUCUCAAUUUGAGUCACAUCGGCCUUGACAUCCGCAGAGGCCCCGAAGACUCCAUGAGGUCUUGUGGAAAUCUAGGCGUUGGUGUAGAAGUUUCCGCUAGCUCAACGCUGAGCGACGAUGGCAAAGAGGACUGGGCGUUUAAUUUCACCAGUGAUGAUUUCGAAUGCAACCUGGCCCCGGAAACCAUUUCAACUGUCGUCGACGUCCUUGGUUACAUGGGUGAGAAGAUCAAGGACCUUGAUACUUCUCGGGAAUUGGAUUACCUGAGAAAGCUGAGACAGUCAAAGCCCAAGAUCACUAUUACUGGAGACGAUGAGCCAGAGGAGGUCGAUAUCAUCGACUCAGUUCUUGCAUCGGUGCAAUACCAGUUCGAGCUAAGAAACAUUCGUGUCCGGUGGAGCGUCGCGGAUAAUGUUGAUGACGAAUCAAGUUCCAAGGAGGAUCUUGUCUUGUCAGUCAAACUCUUCGAAUUCGGUACGAGAACCAGGCGAUCAGCACGUCUCUCGAUUGAGAACUUCCAGAUCCAGAUGGUGCCUCUGGGCCAGGACCUGACAAUUCGAUCACUUCACUCAGCAUUGCUACCUGUAGUGACCUUCAACAUCGCCUACAUGUCGACUGCGUCUGCACGACGCAUGGCGUUCCAGGCUGUUGGCGAAUCCCUCGAUCUUCGCCUGACAUCCGCCUUCAUUGUUCCAGCUGCCCACUUGGCCGAAUCGAUUACCCUCUCGUUGAAUAAUGUCGCACAAGCGUCAACACAAUGGAACACUGCAGUCACAAAUGAGAAGAAGGCAGACGAAACACCCAAGCGGCAGCCACAACGUAGCCUCUUCGGCAAUAAGAGGUUAGAAAGCCUUCUCAUUGACGCAGAUUUCGCCGGUGCAGUCGUCUACAUCGCCAGUAAAAGAUCGUUGGACAAUUCGGCCAAGACUCUGGGGCGCCCUUCACCCGCAGGAAAAUACGGCCAAUUUAAUACAGACGAUUCUGGCAGUGGGACAGUCCUGCGCAGUCCUGGUUUAGCCUGGAAGAUCGAGUACCGUGAUGACGCUCAAGACGACCCGUCUCUGUACGGAGAGAUCAAGGUUGACGCCUCGAGCAACAUUCUGUACCCUUCGGUUGUGCCACUAGUUAUGGACAUGUUGUCAAGCGUGAAGCAGGUUGUCAAGGAUGACGAGGAAACUGAACAACUCAGCGAACAAGCAGAGUCCAAACAGCCCCCUAGCAAGUCUGGAGACGCUGAUAAUAUCAUCACUGCGGACCCGAGUGCUGUUCUGGGUCGCCUCAAGCUCAACCUGGGCCUGAGAAUUUGCCGACAAGAAUUUUCUCUGAGCUGUCAACCCAUAGCUCGUGUUGCCGCCACAGCUUGCUUUGACAAUAUUUACUUCACAGUCAACACAGUCAGGUCUCUGGAGCAGGGAAAUUUCUUUGCCAUUUCAGGAGACUUUACGAAACUGCACGCUUCGGUGCAACAUGUGUACUCACGCGAGUCAACCGCAAGUUUUGAGCUUGAUUCCAUUACACUAUCGUUCAUGAACAGUAAGCAUGUAAGCGGAACCAGCGGAGUAUCUGCCAUCAUCAAUGUGAGUCCCAUGGCUGUGUCCAUCAACGCCAAACAAGCACAGGAUUUCUUGCUGUUCCGUGAGAUCUGGUAUCCGAGCGAGUUACGCUCUGCUACCGCAGCACCUGUAGCAAAGAUGAGCCCCGAGACGUCCCAGAGUGGACAUCUUGUGCAGCGAUAUCAGCAGGUCGCAGCAACCGCUGCUUUCCCCUGGACUGCAACCAUUUCAAUUGCAGCCUUAGACGUCACCAUCGAUCUUGGACAGGCCAUUGGUAAAUCCGCCUUUGCAAUCAAGAAGUUCUGGGUAUCGUCUAAGAAAACGUCCGAUUGGGAACAAAACCUAUGUCUCGGAUUUGACAAGAUUGGGGUUGACUGUACUGGACGUUUGAGCGGCUUUGUAGCUCUCCAAGAUUUCCGCUUACGCACUUCUAUUCAAUGGCCAAAACGAGAAGAAGCUCUGAACGAGACGCCUAUGAUUCAAGCUUCUAUAAGCUUCAACGCAUUCCGGGUCAAAGCGGCCUUUGAUUACCAAGCUUUCUUGGUUGCUGACAUUACAUCGCUCGAGUUCCUCAUGUACAAUGUCCGUGAGAGUCUGGAUGGAAGUGGAGAUAGAUUGGUCGCGAUUUUUGACGGUGACUCUGUUCAAAUCUUUGGAACAACAACCUCGGCGGCUCAGGGCAUUGCACUGUGGCAGGCCGUUCAGAAACUUGUCCAAGAAAGGAAAGAGAGCUUCCAGGGCUCGCUGAAGGAGAUCGAGAAGUUUAUGAAGAGGAGAUCAAUGUCGACAUCUCGAAGCACGAUCCCUCAAGUCGAACAAACAUCGAAGUUGAAGGAGGAGGACACACUUUCAAAGUCACCUAUAUCUCUCGACACAGAUGUUGUGGUGACACUCAAGGCACUAAACCUGGGCGUGUUCCCGAGCACGUUUUCAGAUCACCAAGUGUUCAAGGUGGAGGCGCUCAAUGCAUAUGCCCGCUUUGCUGCAAGCAUGGAGCAAAGACGCAUUCAUAGUAUCCUGAGGAUGAUGUUAGGCCAGCUUCGGAUCGGCCUGGCUGGCGUCCGCAAUGUUGAGGCUCCAAAGACUCUGAGCGAGAUCUCCGUUGAAGAUGUUGUUCAACGUGCAACGGGAUCUAGAGGAGGAACCAUCCUCAACGUCCCCCAAGUAUCAGCAGUGAUGGAGACAUGGCAGAAGCCUAGGUCGAACGAGAUUAGCUAUAUCUUCAAGAGUGCAUUCGAAGGAAAAGUGGAAGUUGGCUGGAAUUUCUCGCGUGUGAGCUACAUCCGAGGGAUGUUUGCAAACCAUGCAAAGGCGCUCGAGCAAGUCUGGGGCAAGGAGAUACCUCUGACCGCAGUCAAGAUCAGAGGAGUGCCAGGAGCGGAAGAGACAGACGGAGAACAGCAAAAGAUCACAGCAGAGAUCGAUGUACCAAUGUCUAAGUACGACUAUGUGGCACUGGAGCCCCCCAUUAUUGAGACGCCGCAGCUUCGGGAUAUGGGUGAGGCAACACCGCCCCUGGAAUGGAUUGGCCUACAUCGCGAUCGAUUACCAAACUUGACACAUCAGAUUGUCAUUGUGUCACUUCUUGAGUUGGCCGGCGAGGUCGAGGACGCAUACGCCCGCAUCUUGGGCUCGUCGUGA